AUCCGGAAGGUUUUCACAUCUCGAGCUAUCUAGUGAUAACUUGAUAACGAUAACCAUAAACUAUUACAGUGAAAUUUUAUAAUUUUCAUUACGUUUAUUAUUCGUAGAAAUGUUGGAAAGUUGUUCGUUUGUGUAUUUAAUAUUAAAAACAGUUCGAAUUAACCAUUCAAUUACACAUAUUCACGUGGAAGAUGAAUGACGCGUGAAAAAUGUUGAUGCGGAUUAUCGAUGCCAUCAGUUCGGAAGUACUUUCAAAGAAAAGCUGUUUACGUUUCAUAAUUUUCCGAGAUGUCGUGAUACAAAUUGUGAUAUGGUUUAAUCUCAAUUCUGGCACUGUCUUCAAAACCGAAGAGAAAUCGGACCACCGUAGUAAUGCUGUGAUGGUAAACAAAUGCGAAAACGGUCAUGCGGCAGAAUCAAUGUAUCGGUAUUUUCAUCGUCUCCACCAUCAUAUGGGUUGGUUUCCUCAACUACUUCGUAAUCCGUUUGGGCAACGCGAACGAAGAGAAUAAAAAAAUAUUCAGCAAAUUGAACGAACUAGAAGCUCGCUUAGACGAACAGUUGAACGAUAAAACACUCCACGACGAAUUAAAGCAAGUGGUCGGCGAGCAAAUUAAUAAAACGUGGCACGAGCAAUUGACAUCGGAAAACAAAACCGAUCAGGAAUUGAAAAUACCCCACGAUAAAGACGCCGUCGCUGUGUUAGUAUUCUCGUGUAAUCGUAUAACCGUAGCCAGAUGUUUGGACCAAUUAAUCAAAUAUCGAAAAUUCAAAGAACGGUUUCCCAUCAUCGUGUCGCAGGACUGCAUACACGAGCAAACAUCCAACGUAAUCGAAUCGUAUAAAAGUCAAGUGUACCACGUACAGCAACCGGAUCAAAGCGAUAUUCCUGUACCACCGAAGGAGCGAAAGUUCAAAGGAUACUUCAAAAUAGCCAGACAUUACAAGUGGGCUUUGAAUUUGACCUUUAAUCACUACCAGUUCGAUACGGUUAUCGUGAUCGAAGACGAUCUCGACAUAUCGCCCGAUUUUUACGAAUAUUUCGCCGCCACUUUGCCCAUUCUACAGAAAGAUAAAUCGUUAUGGUGCGUAUCAGCCUGGAACGAUAAUGGUAAACUGAACUUGGUUGACAAGAACGCUAUCAAUUUACUCUACAGGACUGAUUUCUUCCCCGGAUUGGGCUGGAUGCUGACCAAAUCGCUAUGGCAAGAGUUGGUCAACAAAUGGCCGCUCAGUUAUUGGGACGAUUGGAUGAGGAGACCGGAACAACGUCAGAAUCGUAGCUGCAUCAGGCCGGAAAUAUCGCGAACUCGGACUUUCGGUAAGAUCGGCGUGAGUAAUGGGAUGUAUUACGAUAAACACUUGAAAUACAUCUAUUUGAACGACAAGAACGCCGAAUUCACUCAGAAGAAUCUUACCUAUUUGUCGAAGGACGUAUACGAUCCCAAUUUUUUGGCUGUUGUGUACAGAAGCCCGGUUACUACGAUUCAGAAUUUGAAAAAUGGCGAAAUAUACACAGAUGGGCCGGUUCGUCUAGUCUAUCAUGAUAAGGCUUCGUUAAAAAUCAUAGCUAAAUCUUUCGGAUUAAUGGAUGAUUUUCGCAGUGGUGUGCCCAGAACGGGAUACAUAGGAGUGAUAAGCUUCUUUUAUCAAAAACGUAGAGUAUUUAUCACUCCUAGCGCAGCAUGGAAUGGUUACGAUCCGACGUGGUGAUGAUCUCUCAAAUUCAAUUGCAGUGCAAUCGACGUAUCAGUCUGCAUUUAUUUCGUUUUCAAAUCAAAUUCAGCGAAUGGAUUUGAGUUCGUGCGAGAAAUUUCAAAUCAAAUUAUGGCGAUAACAGCAUCAGAGUAAUUGUAUACUAUCGUCAGUAAGUAUACGAUGUUUUAAGUAUCGUUGGAGGGUGUUUAGUUUUUUUUUUCUAUUCGUAUCAUUCAAGUGUCUAAUUUCCUACAUAAAUAACAAAAUACUUGAACAUAUCAUGUCAAAAGAAUGUUUCAGUCGAACCUAUUGUACAUACUCGUGCACGUAAAAUUGCAAUUUAAUGAUGUCAAUUAUGUAUUUUUUUUUCAAAAAAAAUAAUAAUUUCCGAUUUUUUGAACUUACGUCUUGUGAAAAUAAAAUUGAAAAAAAUCAAUCAAUCAAAAAAUCGGUCAAAAACUGAUUUUCGAUUAGCAAUUGACACCACAAAGUUGCAUAUUUUAAAAGCACAAACGAUUUGCCAGGUCGCAUUUUUAUAUUACCUACUUGGUAAUUUUAUACAUUUUUUUGAAAAGAAUAAAAAUGCUCGAUACGCGUAGGUAAUCUAGUCAUCUUUGAAAUUUUAUUCGGUUUUUACCUUAUUCUUGAUCACGAUAGCAGAUUUUCCAAAAUUUCAUUCUCGUUUCAGUCCGCUCAAAUUGGAGAUACCUUUCAAAAUACCAAUACCUAUAUCAUGGGAAUAAUUUUUUUUCGGGUCGAGGGACAAAAUUCUUCUCAGAUAAUGCAACGAAAUCAGUGACUUGAAAAAAAUUGAAAUUCCUUCUGGUUUUUAGCAUGCGCAUCAUUCAAUCACUUCUUUUUUUUCGUCUUCUGUUGGAUUUUUUUUUCAAUUUUUCGCAAUUUUUGGAAGUUUUAUUGAACAAUUCAGUAGACAUCAAAUUUGUAUUCGUUGAUGUGUACUUAAUUGUAAUUUAUUGCUAUCUUUUCGUGGAAAUAUAUCGUACAGCAUUCCACAAACAUAACUAGAAUUAUAAUGGAAAAAAAAAUCAAGAGUUAGGUAAAUUAGGAGCUCAAAAAGUCACUCUUUUCGUGAAAAAAAUUGGACAAAAAUUCGAAAAAUUGGUGUUUUACAACAGAUGGCAUAAUGAAAAAUUUUAGCAUUUGAAACACGUAGUUAUUGAUGUUGAAGUUUUCUUCAUUUCGCCUCGGAUUUCAUUUCUGCUCAUUAAGUCCACUUUUGCUAACAAAAUUGAAUUUUUUAAAAAUCUAAAUGGACUACAUUUUCCCACUUCUCACUGUAUAAAUUUGAUUCGACUCUGAACUCAUUUUUGAAAAUUUUCUACCUUUGUUUGGCGAGUUCUUAGCUCAGAAAUACAGUAUUGUUCAAGUAUUCUCAAAAUUCCAUCAUGAUUGAAAAUUAUCAAUUUUUAGCCUGUUUUUUUGUUCUUGAAUUUUUCCCAUUUUUUGAAAUUAAUAUCUCAAAAUUCGAGAGUAUGAGGUGUCAAAAUUAUUCAAAACGGUACCAAAAAAGUAGAAUGUUAUUGGGUGUUAGCUUGCACAAAAAAAUCAUCUCAUUUUAAGAAAAAUUUUAGCCCCAAAUCUAUCAUUAUGAAUUUUUUAAAAUACAAGUUCUGUAGACCUACUGCAUUUAUGAAUUUUAUGAUAGACUGAUUUACUGCACAAGCGUGACUGACAAAUGUAAUAAUUCAUUUUAAAAAUUAAGUGAGACUCAAAAAAUUGAAAAUUGGGUAUUUUUAAAAUUUUUGAAACUGUGAGACUCCUCCGGUCUCCUCAAUUUUAGACACAAAUUCUACAUGGUUUCACUUUCCAAAACAAAUGAAAAUAAUUUUUUCGAAAAAGUACAUACAUACAUUAUAUCUCGCUGAUUAAAGACGAAUUUUUGAGUCACUCGUAAGAUUGUAAAUAUUCUGAUUGGUAACUUCAUGCAUUUAUGGUUGAUAUGCGUAUGUAUGAAAUGUAAGUAAGUACAUCACAUGUGCAUUUUACGUGAUACUUUUAGUCUACUUUUUCAUUCGCAGCAUCCAUUGCGAAGUAUUUCUAAGUCACUUUUUUCCCCCAUCUGUCCUAAGUAGUAUAAACCAAAACUACUAUUAUCAUGUUGUUUUCAUUUGUACAUAGACUUACAAUAGCCCAUGAUUGUAAAUACUUCUGUCCUGUUAUAGUAUGUACCAAUAACUUUAAUUUUAUGAAUAGAUCUUGUUUGUUAAAUCAUUUUAUACCUAUCGUAAUUAUUAGGACUAGGAUUUUUGUGAUAAUGCUUUUUCUAUAGCUAUACCCAUUUGCGAUUCAUUCCAUUCUGAGGCGAAUGGUGAAAGUUGAUAGGGCUUCUUUUGGAAGUGAAUGCUUUAAAAUGCUAGACCAAAAUUUUGUUUAUUUUGUGUUUUUCUUCAUCUUCAGUGCUUUUUUGGGUGAAAAAUCAUUUCAAAAAACAGGGAUAGAAAAAGUGAAAAAUUAAAGUUCCAGUUUUCAUUUUACAAUUUGAGAGUGCAUUUUUAUUGCUUUUUUAUAACGCUAAAAAAUCCUAGCUCUAAUAAUAUUAUUUUACUAGUCGUACGGAAUUGUUAAUGUACCCAUUAGGUUCCGGUCCGGUUUAUGUAUAGAUGUAUUAAUGAUCACAGAUUUAAAAAAUACAUUCUGAUUGGUGAUAAUUAAAAAUUCAAAUUCAAAUAGAGUUCAUCAAGUAAUUUACAUCAGCUGUACCUCUACCUAAUAGUGUUUUAAAAUUUUCAAUAGUACUCUAAAAAUACUCUUUUUUACUCCCCCCCCCUAUUUUUUUCGCUGUCUUUGUAAAAAUGCACGAUUAUUUCGUAAAAGUUACCAAUUAAAAAAUGAUCAUCGUCGUGUAAAAUUAAACUCUAUAUAACGAAGUGCAAAAAUAAUGUAAAUAUGUACUUUUUACAGUAGGUAGAAUAUAACAUUUUCUAUGUGUUAGUGUAGGCUGUGUUCUUAUUUUUGUUUCCUUUUUUUAAUCAUUAUUUUUGUAUUGUUAUUAUUCUUUCAUCCUUCUCGCUCUAGUAAUAGGUAUGCGAAAUUUGCACUUCGUUUCAAGUAUAAAAUUUUGCUAUUUUUAUUUGUAUUAUGAGUUUUUAAUCGUAGAUAUGUAAGUUGAAUGUGAUUCGAAUAUAAUUUUAUGUACUCGUAUAUGUAGUGCGAAUUGUAUGUAAUAAUAAAUGUCGAGAAGAAAUA